AAGAAGAGGAAAAGGUUAUAUGCUAUUGGCAUUAGUGUGUUAAUGUUGUCUCAAAGUAUUAGUGCUAAUUUAGUCGAAUUCGAAGCCCCCUCAGUGCAAAUUUUUAGGUUGUUCAUGUCUCGAAGACACUAGCUAGGGAUUUAGAAGGUUUUGGGGUCCAAAAUGUCGUACCAUUACGUAGUUACGGCUCAUCAGCCGACCGCUGUUACGGCCUGUGUCACUGGUAAUUUCACCUCACCAACAGACCUAAACUUAAUAGUGGCAAAAAGCAACCGCCUCGACAUCUACCUUGUGACACCAGAGGGGCUGCGCCCCAUAAAAGAAGUGGGCCUUUAUGGCAAGGUGGCUGUUAUGAAACUGUUCAGACCGCAGCAAGAAAAUAAAGAUUUCCUGUUUAUCGUCACCUACCGAUACAAUGCAAUGAUCUUGGAGUGUGUCAGUUCAGGGGACGGGUUCGAAAUCCUCACGAAAGCGCACGGCGACGUUUCAGACCGAAUCGGAAAGCCUUCGGAAACUGGCAUUUUGGCGGUGAUCGAUCCAAAGGCUCGAGUGAUCGGUUUGAGGCUGUAUGAUGGGCUGUUUAAGGUCAUCCCAUUGGACAAGGACAAUCUGGAACUGAAGGCGACGAAUUUAAGGAUGGAUGAGCUGCAUGUGUCCGACCUGGAGUUUCUCCAUGGAUGCGCAAAUCCCACCCUCAUACUGAUCCAUCAGGACGUUAACGGCAAGCACGUGAAAACCCACGAAAUCUCGCUGCGCGACAAGGAGUUUGUCAAGAUGUUCUGGAGGCAGGACAACGUGGAAACGGAGGCUUCCAUGGUCAUUCCUGUACCGUCUCCGCUUGGGGGCGCCAUCGUUAUUGGCCAGGAGAGCAUUUUGUAUCACGAUGGGGUCACCUGCGUCGUGGUCGCCCCGGCUGUUAUCAAGCAAAGCACCAUCACGUGCUACGCCAGAGUGGACCCAGGAGGCUACCGCUAUCUCCUUGGAGACAUGGCGGGCCAUCUUUUCAUGCUCUUCCUAGAGACCGAGACUCCGGAAGGUGGCCAGGAACUGGUCAAGGAUCUCAAAGUGGGCCUACUAGGCGAAAUUGCCAUCCCCGAGUGCAUCACCUACUUGGACAAUGGCGUCAUUUUCAUCGGAUCGCGCCUGGGGGAUUCACAGCUGGUCAAAUUGAACACCAAAGUGGACGAGAACAGUUCCUACGUAACGGUCAUGGAAACAUUCACCAACCUCGCGCCCAUUCUGGAUAUGUGCGUAGUGGAUUUGGAGCGACAAAGUCAAGGCCAGUUGGUCACAUGCUCAGGAGCCUUCAAGGAGGGCUCGCUGAGGAUCAUCCGGAAUGGCAUCGGAAUUCAGGAGCACGCCUCCAUUGAUUUGAUGGGAAUCAAAGGCAUGUGGGCAUUGCAAGCCAAUGGGGAGAAGCUAGAUGACACCUUGGUGCUGGCGUUUGUCGGGCAGACCAGGAUCUUGUCGCUGAACGGCGAGGAAGUCGAGGAAACGGACAUUGCGGGGUUCACAUCGGAUCAGCAGACUUUCUACUGCGGCAAUGCCAUCCACAACCAAUUAGUUCAGGUCACUCCUAUAUCGGCCCGAUUGGUGACGAUUAGGGGCAAAACCCUCGUAUCCGAAUGGAGGCCGCCGACCGAGAAAAACAUCAUCAUCGUGGCCUGCAACGAGUCCCAACUGGUUGUGUCCACUGGAAAUCAGGUCUACUACUUGGAGAUUCACUCGAACGAAUUAAUUUUGAAAGGGGAAACGACGCUCGAUGUGGAAGUGUCCUGUCUGGACAUCAGCCCAUUGGCAGAUUCUUCCGUAGCCGACAUUGUUGCCGUCGGUCUGUGGACCGACAACUCUGCGCGCAUCCUGCACCUGCCCACUCUGCAAGAAGCCUACAAAGAGCUGCUUGGAGGCGAUAUAAUGCCUCGCUCUAUUCUCAUGGCCACGUUCGAGGGACACGACUAUCUUCUAUGUGCGCUGGGCGACGGCUCCAUGUACUACUUUUUGCUGCAUAGGGAAUCAGGCGUUUUGCGCGAUAAGAAGAAAGUGACUUUAGGCACGCAACCCACUGUUCUGCGGACGUUCAGAUCGCUGAACUCGACCAAUGUGUUCGCGUGCUCCGAUAGGCCCACCGUUAUCUACUCCUCCAAUCACAAGCUGGUGUUCUCCAACGUCAACUUAAAGGAAGUGAAUCAAAUGUGCUCGUUGAAUUCCGAAGCAUAUCCCGACAGUCUAGCUCUGGCCACGGCCACCUCAGUAACUAUAGGAACUAUUGAUGAAAUCCAAAAACUGCAUAUCCGAACGAUUCCGCUGCAGGAAUCGCCCCGCAGAAUUGCCUAUCAGGAAAGCACCCAGGUUUUUGGUGUGAUCACCUGCCGGAUAGACAUCCAAGAUUCCACAGGCCUGAGCCCGGUCAGACAGAGCGCCUCCACGAUGACGCAAGCUGUAACUGUGUCUAGCAACGCGUCUGGAUCUGCUGUGAACAAAUCCGGAGGAUCGAGUUCGGUUGUUGCGGGAGCGGCCGCUGAGUAUGGACAAGAGGUGGAAAUCCACAACUUGCUCAUCAUCGACCAAAACACCUUCGAAGUAUUAGCGGCGCAUCAGUUUAUGCCGCAGGAAUACGCCAUGUCGCUGAUCUCCUGCCAGCUUAGCCACGAUCCAGCUACUUAUUUUAUUGUGGGAACAGCGACUGUUAAUCCAGAAGAGUCCGAACCAAAACAGGGCCGAAUCAUAGUGUUCCAUUGGAGCGACAAUAAGCUAAUGCAGGUGUCCGAAAAGGAAAUCAAAGGCGCUUGUUAUUCGCUAGCUGAGUUCAACGGCAAAGUGCUGGCCAGCAUUAACAGUACGGUGCGCCUGUUUGAAUGGACGACGGAAAAGGAAUUGCGCCUCGAGUGCUCGCAUUUCAAUAACAUCGUGUCGUUGUGCCUGAAGACCAAAGGAGACUUCAUUCUGGUCGGCGAUCUGAUGCGAAGCAUCACCCUUCUGGCGUAUAAAACGAUGGAGGGCAGUUUUGAGGAAAUGGCAAGGGAUUACAACCCGAACUGGAUGACCGCCGUCGAAUUCCUGGACGAUGAAAUCUUCCUCGGAGCCGAAAACUCCUUUAACAUGUUCGUGUGCCAGAAGGACAGCGCCGCUGCCACCGACGAAGAACGGUCGCAAAUGAGCCAUGUGGGGCACUACCAUAUAGGGGACAUGAUCAACGUGUUCCAGCACGGGUCUUUAGUCAUGCAGAACAUUGGAGAGACCUCCACUCCCACUAGAGGCUGUGUGCUGUUUGGAACAGUCGGAGGAGCGAUAGGUUUAGUAACGCAAAUCUCGCAAGAAUUCUACGACUCGCUGCGCGAUUUACAAUCGAAACUCUCCUCAACCAUCAAGUCGGUCGGUCGAAUCAGUCAUCAGUUCUGGCGGGCGUUCAACACGGACAUAAAGACUGAAACCAGCAGCGAAGGUUUCAUUGACGGGGAUCUGAUUGAGAGCUUCUUAGAUUUGCCGCCGGAGAAAAUGAAGGAAGUUGCCACAAACCUCGGCGUAACUAGCGAACAUCUAAUUAAGACAGUCGAAGACUUAACCCGAAUACACUGAUCGGAGGGCGGAGGCUGCCCGUAAAUAUUAUGCAAGUUUGACAACAAGUUUUUCAACCUGCUGGCAUUAGUCGAAGUGAAACUUCUCAAUUCGCACUUGCAACGUGGAUUGCUUCAGAAGACAUUAAUUGAAUGAAGUUUAUUGUUAUAUUUGUUGUAAAACUUCAGCUUUACCAAGUAAAUUUUUUCAUAGCACUUUC